AUGGCGGGUCCCAGCAAGUGGGCUGUCGGGCCUGGUAGGGAUGAUAUUGUGGGUGGAAGUGCCUAUUAUGUGGAUAGGAUUGUUGCAGAUCUAAUGAUCCAAUCGGAUAGUGUGGUGGCUGAUAUAUGGGCUGCGAUGGGUGGUGAACGAAUUGCGGCUGACGGUAGUCGAAUUGGUGAUGAGAGAAUGCUGCAGAGUGAAGAAUACUUGGUCAGUCGAGAAAUUCUGGCAGAAGCAGUUGAAAGAAACUGCAGAGACGCCCUUGACCACUACGGCGGCAUCGAAUACAUUGCUUCUGCGUUGAGAACAAAUAUCGAAGUCGGAAUCGUAGGCGAUGCAGACGACCUUAAAUCCCGGUGUGAAGCCUUUGGUUCAAACAUGCCUACUUCACAGCCACAGCCUCAUAGCAUAAAACGCAUCCUGCAGGAUGCUUUACGGGACACCACUAUCAUUCUCUUGUUGUGUUGUGCGAUGCUUUCCUUGGCCAUUGGAAUCAAGAUCAAUGGAGCAGCAGAGGGUGUUGCCUACGCCCUUCUGCUUCUGCUGGCCUUGUCUUCUGUUGUCUGCUUCGCUGCUGCCGCUCGCUUUGUUAGGGAGAGAUGGAUGAUAAGGAAAUUCUCCAAACAAAUUGGCGACAUUGUGUGGUUGAGUCCCGGUGAUCGAAUCCCUGCUGAUGGCAUUUUCGUAAACGGGGAUGAUUCGUUUAAGCUCAAUGCUGAUUUGGAGGUGGAUUAUUACCGGCGCCCUUCUCUGUUUACCGGCGGGGAAGUGUCUCAAGGCCGGUGCUGUAUGCUCGUGACGUCGGUGGGCGACAACACUGAGAGAAACAGGCUAAUGAGAAGUAUUAGGGAUGAUCAUCGCUUUCAACUGUUGGAUGCUAUUGAGAAAACCAGCUCUAAAUUUGAUAAGAUUUGGCUGAGCCUUUGGCUGGUCCUUCUGGUGGUGCAGUUCGUCCGUUGUUUCGUUGCGAAGAAGGUUCAGGCUGAUAAGGAUCCCAAGGGAGUGAAGAACAAAAUGGAGGAUUUGAUGAAGGAAGUGGUGAAGAAGGAGAGGUUGAAGGCCAAGGGCUUAUUUUCGCUGCUAUUGGUGCUCGUCUUCGCGAGCAGAGACGGCUUACCUUUAGCCCUCUUCGUCUCCUUGUCGUACGCCUCUCACAGAAUCAAGUCUUGCAAGGCCACUGUAGGGCGGCUUCAAGCUAGCGCCACGGUCGGCUUGAUCACCACUAUCUGCGCCACCGGUUUAGUUUUGAAGCAUUCAGAACUGGCGGAAUUGUGGAUCGGUUUUGACCUCGUUCACCAUAAUCUUCAAGGGGACGCGCAACUUGUCGAAACUUUGUGCCAAGGAAUAUUACUCCAGACAUCACCCAAUGGGUGUUUUGAGGAAAUAUGUCUUCUUAGUUGGGCCAGGGCAGUGCUGGGACUUACUAACACGGAGACGGAGUGCUAUUAUAACUUCUCAUCCACGGUUCGAUACCAAAUGGCUGCGAAUUUAUGGUGUUCAAUUCUGGAAAGCGAAUGCCAAGUCGAAGAUAAAGUAGUGGUGCAUGUCCACUGGAGCGGACCGCCAGACUCCAUCCUGCCAAUUUGUUCCCAUUACUACACCUUACAGGGGAAUAUCGAAACCAUACACGCGCUCAAGGCCACGCCCUUUAAACAACUACUCGCUCCAUACGGCCAAUGUUGCUUCGCUUUUGAGCGAUAA